UGUGUUUGGUCGAGGUGUGGGGAUCUCAGGCUGUAUUAUUAGGGCGAGAGUAUCAUUCGGGUGUAGUACAUAUAUAUUUUUGAUAAGAUGUGCAAAAUGAUGUGUAAUUGAGAAGAAAGAUUGUCAAUAACGCGAAGAACACGGUUAGCCUUUGGAUUAGCGGGUCCUUUCAUUCACCGUGUUCUUCCGACGCAUAGAUAGCAACGAGUCACCAUUUUUUUGGAGAACGGGUGUAUGACACAGAAUCUUGUUCGGGCAGAUACAUAAAUAGACAUUCAUCUACAAAAUGACGGACCAGCAGAUGGAUUGUGCUUUGGAUCUCAUGCGGCGUUUGCCGCCGCAGCAGAUAGAGAAAAAUCUAAGUGACCUAAUAGAUUUGGUACCAAGUCUAUGUGAAGAUUUACUUUCAUCAGUAGAUCAACCCCUGAAAAUAGCAAGAGACAAGGAAAUGGGGAAAGAUUAUCUUCUUUGUGACUACAAUAGAGAUGGUGAUUCAUACAGGUCUCCUUGGAGUAACACCUAUGACCCACCUUUAGAAGAUGGAUCAAUGCCAUCAGAAAGACUCAGGAAACUUGAAAUAGAUGCAAAUCAUGCGUUUGACCAGUAUAGAGAGAUGUAUUUUGAAGGUGGUGUAUCUUCUGUUUAUUUAUGGGACCUGGAGCAUGGAUUUGCAGGUGUUAUUCUUAUUAAAAAGGCUGGUGAUGGAUCCAAGAAAAUAAAGGGCUGUUGGGAUUCAAUUCAUGUGGUUGAAGUUCAAGAGAAGACAAGAAAUGCACAUUACAAACUUACAUCCACUGCAAUGCUGUGGCUCCAGACAAAUAAGACUGGUUCAGGAACCAUGAACUUAGGAGGAAGUCUCACAAGACAGGUGGAACAAGAUGCAAAUGUUAGUGAAGCUUCUCCCCACAUCGCCAAUAUUGGUCGAAUGGUGGAGGACAUGGAGAAUAAGAUACGUAAUACUUUAAAUGAAAUUUACUUCAGUAAGACAAAGGACAUUGUUAAUGGUUUACGUAGUAUGCAACCACUGGCAGAACAGAGACAGCAAGCCAUGCUGAAGCAAGAUCUGGCAGCUGCCAUCCAGAGGAGACACGCAAAAACAGAAACAAACUGAGACAUCAAGUGACUGUUGUGCAAACUGCUAUGUGUUGACAGCAUCCGUCACACUGAUGGACAUAUAAGUGUUUCUACAAAUAGCUUCUCCAUGUCCAAAACUGACAUUAUUGAGCUGAGAAUGUCAGAAGGCAACGGGGUGUAAAUCUGAAGCCUGAGUGUGUCUUCCGCUGUCAUAAUCAUUGCAGGCAGUUGACUGUGUAAUGAGUUUCACAGUUGUUCAUGUUAAUUGUUUUAGAAAUAAUGUUGUUGAAUUAAUUAUUUUAAUCUUUAAAGUUGCUGGAGAGGUUUGAUAGCUGCAGAAAGUGGAACCUUUAAUGUACAGAUUUGUUUGCUUAGGAAAAAUACUGUGUCUCAAAAUGUUAUGUCAGAAAUGUGCAUGGAGAAGUACCGAGUUUAAACACAAGUGCAUCAUUUCAAGCGCCUCUGCAUCACUAAAUAACAUAGUAUGCAAUUUCUUAAAUCUCAGCUGUCAGAUGCUAAAGGUUUCUGCAUUUAUGAUUUGACCAACUUGGAGCUCUCUCAACUUUAUCAUUGAACUUCAUCCUGUGAAACUGUGCUCACCUAAUUCAAGUUAUGAAGCAUUUUCAAAAGUUUCCUUUAUUCGGAGAAAAUGGAUUACAUGUGGGCGAGCAAUUUACAAUACUGCUGCCAUAGAUUGUGGAUUUACUAUGUUAUAUAAAAGUGUUGGGAAAUGUAAAGUGUGUUAGAACUGUAGAGUGGCCAUGUUAAAAUAAAACUGCUCAAUGUAUUAGAAUUUGUAUUAGCUUGGAGCUUUCUUGGUGCAUCAGCUGACCAUUCUACAGUUCAAAAGAUUGUGGUACAAUUUGUAGAAAAUGAAGAUCAGUUAGUUGUUUAUGAUUGAGGGCAAGAGAAUAUUCCCAUUUUGUUGUUCUGGUGGUAUGACACGGAGUGAAACUAAUACUUAAAGAGGAAUGUGGCAUAAAUAAAUUUUGUAAAUACUUGGGUCACAGGAUUAUGAUCAGUGAGAUGUAUAAUAAAUCUUUGGUGCUUUUUAUAUUGAAACCAGUGAACUGAAAAGUGUGUGUAUGAAAAACAGUGGUGAUAAUCCUAAGGUUGGACUCCAUUAAGUAUCUCUGGGACAAUACAAAAAGAUACAAUUAAUUAUUUUACAUAAGUUCAUGUAACCAUAUUUUUUAUGUUUUAUAUUGCCACUGUCCAUUGUGAUCUAAGGCAUCUUGCAAGUAUGCAUUUCAGUGUUUCAUAGGAGCUUUAAUUUUUUGUAUAUGUGUUUAAUUUUCAAUCAAAUUGUCAAACAAAGAAGAGAGGAAGCAUUCUGCUGUUAAACUUUUUCUCUGUAUUAGUUAACAUCUCCAAAUUGUGAUAUUCAAAAUUUCGUAUGCUACAUUUGCUAUAUAAAUUCUGCAACCCACAGAAGAGCUCUAACUCAGAAAUUAAUUUAAUUAAUCAACAUUUCUGAACAGAAAAGAAGCGAGUGCCCAGAAGCUGUACUGUCUGAUCAGUCAUGCAAAGGAUAUUGUAAAAAAUUGGCAACAGAGUGACAGAAAAGUUAAUGUUGGGUGUAACCCAAAUUGACAAAAAAAAAUUAUUUUCUUUAGAGCAGAUAUGUUUUCACUUCUGAAUUCAAUGUGUAAACUCUUAUUAUUUAAUUUUAAACACAAUAUAUCUUGUUUUUUAUAUAAAAGAUCUUUAUAUUCAUCUACCUGCAGUGGUUUCUACUAAAACGAUUGCUGUAUCAAAAUUAAGGGGCCUAUUAGCUGCAGUAGUUUGCAGACUACUUAAUAUGGUGCCACUUAGUUCUUUGUAUAAGAAAGAGUUUUGCACAAGUAACCGUUACUCUUUUGGAAAAUUAUAUUAAUGAAUAGAUUCCUGUUAAUCUUACUGCACCUUAAGAAGUGUGUAAACUACUCUGAAUACUUCAGGCUUUUAAUGCUAUAAAAAUUACCAAAGUGCCUACUGCAUAUUUUCAGCACAAAUUUGAAUUAGGACGACAUGUAAAUAAGAAGAGAGAACACAUCACUGGAUUGUGGAUUUUAUUUUGCGAAUGUGUCGUUGUGUAUCUGUGGCAUAUGUGAAGGGGGAAGGGGGGGGGGGAGAGAGAGAGAGAGAGAUUGAUUUUAUAAAUGUUGCAAUACUAGGUUGUGGUUUUAGGCCUCAUUUGUGUUGUGCUGCUUGUAUGGAUACCCUCUUAGUACUUAGAAGUACAUUGUAUAGAGUAACAUUUUGCAUCUUAUUCAGUUGUUCCAUUUUGGUAUGGAAGUAUCUUUACAUAGUAGGGCAAUUUGAGAUUUAAAUUUUUGUUUGGGUGUAGAUGCUGUGUGGUAUGUGGAAUGUACGUUUGUUUCCAGAUUUGCACUUCAUAUGUAUAUUUUUCAGCUGUUUAACACCUCUGUAAUCUGUACAAAUUCUUUCCCAUGACUAUUAUGAAUAGUACUAAGACAAAUCAUAACAGUAAAUUAAACUAUUUUGCAAAAUAUUUUUUUCUAUUUUAGGGCACUAUCCAUUUUGUACAUAGAGAUUUUACAGUGCAGAAACAAGAUACGGAGAAUCACUGUUGAGCAAAUGAGUCACAGUUCUUAUUGUAAUGUGUUCCAUAACGGUGGUGGGUAUGUUAUUAAUAAACAUACCCAACACAACUGUAUAUUUACAAAUAUUUGUUGGUUAUAACAUUACAGUUUUCAUUAUCAGUGUAGAUAAUGUAAAGUCGUAGAAAGAUGGCAGGUCAUACCUAAAUGUGUAUCUAGAAAUGGGAAUUUACAGGAAGAAAGCAUUAUGUUGAUUGUGAUAUGUCUAUUUUUUGUUACUAUGACUGAAAGCCGGUCUGCAAUAAAACUCGCUCAGUAGUCUCAUAAUAAUGAGGACAUUUGUGGUACAUUUUUUUUACUGAGAUUCAGGUAAGAGCUGUCAUAUGAGGCUUACGACACAGUACUGCUUUAUAACAUUCUAAAAUCCACUGUAUCAUGUUGUAUUUAUUAUUAUUCUUAUGAUGAUUGUGGAUGGGUACUAACAUAGUAUUUUAAAGUCUGCAUAUGAUUUUUGCUAGAUUCCUGUGACACGUGCACCAGUAUUGCUGCUUAAGAUGUAAGGUGUAGUUCACAUGCAUGGUUGCAUUCCCAAGGCUUUUUAUAUUAUUAUUAUUGUUGUUGUUGUU